UAUUCAAAAGAUCAACUAAUUUCUGAUGUCCACAAUUUUAGUCUCUUCCUUUCCCCUGCAACCUUCAAACUAUUGGUAGACAUGACUUAAGAGACACACAUGGAAAAGAAUAUAUGAUGCUAAUCUUUAACAUCUAAAAAGGGUUUUUUAAUUAAUUAGUGCAUAAUUUGGUUGGCUCUCUGUUGAACUGUAAUCAUUUUGCUUCUAUCCUCUACAGUAACAUCUCUACAAUGCUAUAAGUGUUUUACCACCAAUGGACAAUGUAGAAAUGAGGACAUGACAUUGGCGGAGUGUGAACCUGAUCAAACCCAUUGCUCUUCCUUGACUCUCCGUACCACUUUCAGCACUCCUCCAGUCAGUUACACUACUAAGACUUGUGUAAAGCCUGAGGAAGCUAAUGAUGGUUAUUUCACUAUAACUUCUGUGGAGGGAAGAUAUUUUGAAGUCAUUCAUAACAGUUGCCAGUCAGAUGGUUGCAAUAUCUUUCCUUCUACUCUGCCACGUCGUGAGGAACUAAAACCCAAUGGAUAUACAUGCCCUGGAUCGUACACAAAACAUGGUGAUUCUCCCCAACCAGACCAGCCAGUUCUCUGUCUUGGCAACGAGAAUCAGUGUGGAGAUUUGGAUUUUGGCAUACGUACAUUGGGAUAUCUUAAAGAGAAGGCAGUUACCCAAGGAUGUGUAACAAGCAGUAUAUGUUCCUACCCGAUGGGAGAGACACAAAUGGGCAACGGCAUUGCAGAGUUCAAUCGUUUCAGGAUGAAUUGUACCAGUGCUACACAAACAUUUGAUAUGAUGUUUUUUAAUAUGUAGACGAAAGCCUUAUUUCCCUUAGCGUUUAAAAUUUCUAAACGUGGGAAGGAGUUUGGAGCUUUAGUGCUAAGAAUUACAAUGCUUUGGGGCUAAACAUUCUUGGGAAAUUGGUAGUAAUUUAGGAUAUGGAGGUGCAGGAUAGCUCAGGGGUAUGUGGUCUUUCUUUAAAUUGUAAUGCAAAUAAAUUUUGGUGACAAAAGUAUUUGCGUCUGUGUAUUCUCCUAAGGGAAGUUUGAACACACACGAGAAGAC